AUGGCAACCCUAAGUGUGCGCGGGUACCGUACAUUGCAGUACAUUGAUGAAACACCCAAUUUCAUCGAAACCUCUCCAGCAGAGACGUCUUUCCAAUCUCCUAACGCUCUAAACAGCAGCGUCCAUGCACAGUCCCUCUCCCCGCCAAACUCUGGAGACAGCCCGUCCACGCCAUUUGGAGUACUCUCUACGCGUAUUCUGGAUCCUCCCCAUCUUCCUUGGCCGCAAACUGGUCCUAAGGAAGCAUGUCUACUGCGGUACUUUGUCGAGUACCUGGCCAGAUGGUUUGACCUCUGUGACCCGGAGCGCCAUUUCGUCAAGGCCAUUCCUCAGAUCGCCCGAGGAAGCGAGCCACUGCGGAACGCCAUUCUGGCCGUAUCAGCAAGACACUUCAGCACUUUACCAAAAGAGAAACAGGACAAGAUCAUCGAAGAGUACGGACUACGGCAAGAUCCCGCAAUCAACGAAGAGACACGAACCAGAAGCCCUCAUGGACGAGGUCCUCCUAGCAACAGUAGUGAUCCUCCGAUCUACGAAGAACUAGACAGCCCUUUCAUUGACCUCCCAACCGAAACAGCAAUCCAAGGCCUCCACGUCUUCGUCGAAGCCCAGGCCAAACUAGCCCUCUCCACGCCGGGCCUCCGUCAAGCCGUCUUCUGGGUCGGCUUCCGACAAGAAUUCCACGUAGCCUUCUCCCAACAACGACCCAUCCGUCUUCCGCUCUCCAUAACAACCCCCUACCUCCUCUGGACCCCGGCCGCAGACCACAUCUGGACGAACCGCCUCCUCAUCAUCUGCGCCUACGCCCUGCAGUACUGCUACGACGACCAACCCGCCCCUCCAGAGCGAUACUACAAGCUCAUCGACCUCCACAACCGCUGGCUCCAAUGCCGUCCGCCUUCCUUCUCGCCCGUCUACUACCAGAAACCAGACCCCGGACUGGGCGAGCUCUUCCCCCGAAUCUGGUACCUAGAUGAUUGCCACAUCGUCGCGUCCCAGAGUAUGGGUCUACUCAAUAUCCUCUUGACGGCUUACUCGCCGCAUAUACCGCGUGUCGGGCCGAUCUGUCGCGAGUCUAUGGAUGUCAUGAACGCCAAGUUACGAUCGACUGUCUUUGAGAUCUGUGGCAUUGCGUUGUCGAAUCGGCAGUCGCCGCCUGCGUUUACGACUGUUUGUAUUGCUAUUAAUAUCUGCGGGGACCGGUUUACGGAUUUGAAGGAGCAGCAGGCAUUGAUGGAGGUUCUUGUUAGUACGACCAGGGAGACGAACUAUUGGCCGACGACGGUGUCGCAGAUGAGGUUGAAGGAGGUGUGGGGGUGGGAUGCUUGA